CCUAACCUCAAGCCCCGCCCAUGCUGUGGCCGUUCUCCGCCUCUCGCGUCCUGAAUUGCUUCUUCCCGAACUGAGGCGGCAUUUUCCGAGCUCGCUGCGGUCUAGGUGGCGUUCCUGUCCGGCCACGAGAGGCUGUGCAGCCCCGGCGCCCGCGGGCAAUGGUGCGGCGGAGCGCGCGGACGCGGGCGGCCCUUCGGCGGGCAUGAAGGAGGAUGGAAGGGCAGGACGAGGUAUCGGCGCGGGAGCAGCACUUCCACAGCCAAGUGCGAGAGUCCACGAUAUGUUUUCUUCUUUUUGCCGUUCUCUACAUUGUUUCCUACUUCAUCAUUACAAGAUACAAGAGAAAAUCAGAUGAACAAGAAGAUGAGGAUGCUAUAGUCAAUAGGAUAUCGUUGUUUCUGAGCACCUUCACUCUAGCAGUUUCAGCUGGUGCUGUUUUGCUUUUACCCUUCUCAAUCAUCAGCAAUGAAAUCCUGCUUGCUUUUCCUCAGAACUACUAUAUUCAGUGGCUAAAUGGCUCCUUGAUCCAUGGUCUGUGGAAUCUUGCUUCUUUAUUUUCCAACCUUUGUUUAUUCGUGUUGAUGCCCUUUGCCUUUUUCUUUCUGGAAUCGGAAGGUUUUGCAGGUCUUAAAAAGGGAAUCCGAGCCCGAGUUUUGGAAACUCUGGUCAUGCUGCUGCUGCUUGCAUUGCUGAUUCUUGGGAUAGUGUGGGUGGCAUCCGCCCUGAUUGACAGUGAUGCUGCCAGUAUGGAGUCUCUAUAUGAUCUCUGGGAGUUCUACUUGCCCUAUUUAUACUCCUGCAUUUCACUGAUGGGGUGUUUGCUGCUUCUCUUGUGUACGCCAGUUGGCCUUUCGCGUAUGUUCACAGUGGUGGGUCAGUUGCUGGUGAAGCCAGCGAUUCUUGAAGACCUGGAUGAACAAAUUUAUAUGAUUACCCUAGAAGAAGAAGCACUGCAGAGAAGACUCCAUGGGCUGUCUUCAUCAGUGGAAUACAACAUAAUGGAACUGGAGAAAGAACUUGAGAAAGUAAAGACCCUUAAGACAAAAUUAGAGAGGCGAAAAAAGGCUUCAGCAUGGGAGAGAAAUUUGGUGUAUCCUGCUGUUAUGGUUCUACUUCUUAUUGAAACAUCCAUUUCAGUCCUCUUGGUGGCGUGUAACAUUCUUUGUCUGCUGGUUGAUGAGACUGCAAUGCCAAAGGGAACAAGGGGGCCUGGGAUAGGAAGCGCCUCUCUCUCCACUUUUGGCUUUGUGGGAGCUGCACUUGAAAUCAUUCUGAUUUUCUAUCUCAUGGUGUCUUCUGUUGUUGGUUUCUAUAGCCUCAGAUUUUUUGGAAACUUUACACCCAAGAAGGAUGACACAACUAUGACAAAGAUCAUUGGAAAUUGUGUGUCAAUCUUAGUCUUAAGCUCUGCUUUGCCUGUGAUGUCAAGAACACUGGGAAUCACUAGAUUUGAUCUACUUGGAGACUUUGGAAGAUUUAAUUGGCUGGGAAAUUUCUAUAUUGUAUUAUCCUACAAUUUACUUUUUGCCAUUGUGACAACAUUGUGUUUGGUCAGAAAAUUCACGUCAGCUGUACGAGAAGAACUUUUGAAGGCCCUAGGACUUCACAAACUCCACUUGUCAGAUACCUCAAGGGAUUCAGAAACUACAAAGCCUUCUGCCAACGGGCAUCAGAAAGCACUGUGAGACCUGGCUGCCUCAGUAGCAUUCUGCAGCAAGUCCUGACAACUCCUGAUUCAUGACAUUCCCACAAACACAGAUCAGCUUGUGGUGGGGUCUGGGCCUGCCUGUCAGUGCCACCUUCUCAUAAUCACUGAGAACUUGGCAUUGCUGAUCUGUUUCUCAUUUGAAUUGUCUCACUGACCUUAUAGAUUUUGAUUAAAGCCCGAGUCUUAGAGACUGAGGAAAAGCUGGACGUCACAGCAGGGAACCAUCUGGAUAAGAGGUGAAGAUGUGCAAAGAAGAAACUUGGACUUUCUUAUACUUUGCUUUACAUCGUGAGAAGUUUGGUUCUGUAGACAGUAGCUUACCUGAAAGUCACUUGGUAUCCCAUAACAUCUUUAGAAAGUCCUAGAAACUGCCGUACUAGUAACAAACUCCAUUUUCUAUUUUCUUAAAACCCAAAAAAGUUUGUGAUUUAUGUUACAGAAUCUUCAUUAGACUUUGAGCCAGUGGAAAACACUAUAUUCUUUUCAAACCACAGCCUUGGUGGGCAGCCCCAGGACUAUCCUUUGUGGUAAGCUGCAGUAGGAAGCAUAUGUGAUUGUAUAUUUGGACAGUUUGGGUGUAUACACCUGAUAAUACUCGUCAUAGUGCAGUGCCAGUGUAAGACACACUUGUAAUUUAGACUUUGCCUUAUAGGCCAUAUGUACAUUCACUUUUUAACCCUCCCCCCCCUUUUUUAAACUGCUGCACUCCCUGUGCUUGUUUGCCUGUGGAACCCAUAGACAGAAUUUGCUUCUUCUUCAUGUCCCUCAGGCUUUGGUGACAUUCGUAUACGCCACCGUAAGUCUCCACCUCAGGAAAGUUACCAGUGUGAUACCCAGAACUCAAAGGUCAAGUUUUCCACGGAAGGGCAGGUACAGUGUAAUAGGAGUUCAUAAUUAUUCAGUUGUUUAGUUGUAAUUGUUGGGAUGCUUCCUCAACUCUUGAGUCUACUGAUUAAAUAAAAAAACAUGAGCGCAUGCUGUUGUUGUCCCUAGGUAGCACACAAUUUACAGAAGUAUAGUGAUGCUCAUAUUCACUUGUAUGGAUGACAAAGCAGGGUUUGUUUUCAGAAAAAAAGUAAAGUAUUUUUUCUCAAAUUGUUGAAUUUAGUUUGUUUUAGAGAAAUAUAGGAAAGCCUGUAUCUGACUGUUUUUGCUUUUACUUAGAAAACCAAGAAAAUUUAGCUGUAUGUUUAAAGCCACUGAGUACAGUUUUUCCUUACACCAUGGCAUUCCCUGAUACCCCAGGUUAGCUUUAAGGAAAAGGAACAUUGGUGCUGUGGCUCUGAGUAAUUCAGUACAUGCCGCCAGUGAGUACUAGUAGAUUCCUGAGUGUGAUGUCAUGCACUAGUACAAUGAAAGUUGACCACUUUCAAAUUUCCCUGAUCAUUAUGCCUACAUUAGCCAGGCUCUACUUUUUACUGAAACUUGAAAUCCAUCCUUUGAGCAGACCAAGUGAAGAAAAGAUCAGAGAGCAGUUUCCCACUGCAAGCACUUAUAGCGACACCAUUGCCAACACAACCGAACAGAGCUCCUGGCUAAUCUGUAAGGUGUCUGAAAUUUUCAUAAAAUAUUAAACUUUUCAA